AUGACAGUAAAGAAUACAGAUCCGGUCCCAGUCACCUUGAAUCCAUCUACCAGGGAUGCGAGAGAGGCCGUUGCUGCAUCUGACGGGCUCCCUGAUCAGCAUGAAUACCCUCCAUUGACAAUCGUCUUGAUCUCAAUUCUGGCAAUGAUGCUGGCUACCUUGCUGGUAGCCUUGGACCGAACGAUUAUCGCAACAGCUAUCCCCGUCAUCACCAACCAUUUCGACUCCCUCGCGGAUGUAGGCUGGUACGCCUCGGCUUACCUGCUGACUCAAUCCGCGUUCCAGCUCUUCAUGGGCCGGGUGUACACCUUCUACAACCCGAAAUGGGUGUUUAUCGCCUGCGUGGCCAUCUUUGAACUGGGCUCCCUGGUCUGUGGCGUUGCUCCGAACUCGACCACUCUCAUCGUCGGCCGGGCCAUCGCUGGCAUGGGCAGUGCAGGGAUCUUCUCCGGCGCCAUCACCAUAGUUACCUUCCUGGUUCCUCUGCGAAAACGACCUGCUUGGACUGGCUCGCUUGGAGCCGUGUUUGCUAUUGCGUCGGUUGCCGGCCCACUGCUUGGAGGUGUCUUCACCGACAAAGUUAACUGGCGCUGGUGUUUUUACAUCAAUCUCCCGGCGGGCGGAGUCACCAUGGUUAUCCUCGCCUUCGUUCUCAGACUGCCCCAUAUCAAGAGAGAAAAGGUACCGCUGAGGCAGCAGAUCAACCAACUCGACCCACUGGGCACCGCUGUCUUUAUACCCGCAAUCGUAUGCCUCCUCCUUGCCCUAGAAUGGGGCGGCACCGAGUAUGGCUGGUCGAGCGUGCGCAUUAUUGUUUUGCUGGUUCUUGCAGUCGUCCUGUUUGUGGGCUUUGUCGCCAUUCAGAUUUGGCGGCAGGAGAUGGCCACUAUUCCGCCGCGAAUCAUAAUGAACCGCUCGGUAGCGGCUGGAGUGACUUACGCUUUUUUGUCCGGCGCUGGCAUGGUGACGAUGGUCUAUUUCCUACCCAUCUGGUUCCAGGCCAUCAAGGGUGCCUCGGCCGUACACUCGGGCAUAAUGAACCUCCCUGCUAUUCUGGGUCUUACCAUGGCAAGCAUGCUCGCCGGCUUCGGCACCCGCCGCUUCGGCUACUUCACCUUGUGGAUGUACCUGUCCACCAUCCUCACGCCGAUCGGCGCCGGCCUCAUCUCCACGUUUACCACGACCACAUCCCAUCCAAAGUGGAUCGGCUACCAAGUCCUCUGGGGCUUCGGUCUCGGGUUGGGGAUGCAGCAACCCAGCGUGGCAGCACAGACUGUGCUCGCAAGGAAGGAUGUCGCCAUAGGGAUUUCGGUCAUCUUCUUCGCCAACACCCUCGGCGGUUCCAUCUUUGUCAGCGUCGCCAACAACAUCUUCGACAACAAGCUUGCCCAGGGCCUGAAGACCAUCCCCGGCAUCAAUCCCGACCUUGUCGGCCAUGUCGGCGCCACCGACCUGCGAGACGUCGUCCCAACCCAGUCCCUAAAUGCCGUGCUGACGGUGUACAACGCCGCGAUACGCCAUGCCUUCUACGUUGGCGUAGCAGUCAGCGCCGCAACCGUCAUCGGAAGCUUGGCUAUGGAGUGGAAGAAUCUGAAGACCGCCGCUGCCGCGCAGGAUGCGGCUGCCAACGCCAACGCUGCAGCUCUACCGGGAGACUACCCUGGUUCUUCUACCAAGACCGAUGCAUCGACAGGGCGGCCGACGCCGGACGAAAAGAAGAUUGGAGAUGUCUGA